AUGUUGCCCGUUUUCUGGUUCCUAUUGGUACACCCGGUCAUUUCGGAAAUCGCUGAAAAUGACGACGACUCGUGGAAAGAGCUCACAUUCUCUCUUCGCGCGGAUACGGUACCGAUCAAGAAGAAGAAGAAGAAGAAGAAAAAGGGGCUCACUAUAAUUGAGGUUUCAGAACGGAACAAUCAAGAGUGCCCACAUUCAGUGGACAGACCGUUUCGAUGAUUCGUUCGCUUACGCUUACACAAAUGAGAACAGAAGUGAUUUGAAAUUUCUGUAAAUUUGUAGUUCUUGCUCUUUGAUUUUUUUUUUCAUUUUCAGGUACGACAAGCCACGUCCCGAGCUGUUUACCUCUCCCAAAUUCAUCUCCGAAGCAUUCACCCAAUUCCUUGACUUUUUCCAAAAUCGGACUAAAAUUGAAAAGAUCGGAGUGUCCCUUCCGUCGAUGACCGACGAUCUCAGGAAAGUGAGCAAUCGGAGGAACAAAAUGGCAACGAGGCCGGCGGUGGACACGUUUCAGUUUAAUUCGUACGACUCGCGUUUGUACACAGAGUUCUUGAGACUCUCGUCCGGAAUUCCGAAACAGAUGAAAAUAUCGUUUUUCUCUUUCCCAGAAAGAACCGAGCACGUGUUGAAUGGAACCAUUCUGUACCAUCCGAAGAUUCGGAAGGUCGGAGAACUCGACCUUCGCACACUGGAGAGUGACAUCAGCGACGCCCAGUUGCACCAGUUGGAGUGCGAGUCAGUUUACAUCCGAUCUUCCACUGUCACAAAUGCCGGCAUAAACCGAAUUCUGAAGGUGCGACCGGCUUUGAUCGAGAAAUGUUGUGAGAAAGUGGAUUUUUCAGGAGUGGCAAGACGGAUUCCGACCGACAAAGCAUCUGAAAGUGGUGAGCGACGACGUGCAGAAGGCGGAAAUCAUGGACGGUGUAUCGAAGAGAACUCUGCAACGUGGCGUCUGGGAGAUCAAGAACCGCUUCAACGUGUCGGCGACAGUGAGCGUCAGCCGAGUGACCACAAACCUUUUCGACUCGAAGCCCACUUUCGAGUUUGCCGUCUCUUAG